GUCGUCGUCGUCGUCGUCGUCGCCGUCCUCGGUCUGCAGCCGCGCCCGUGGCUUGUGGCACCUCUGGCGGGCGCCCGAUCCCAUACCUGGACGGGGAGCUGCAGCUGACCGACCUUUUCGGGGACUUCUACCACGAGGCGCUUGUGCAUCCGGCCAUGGCGGCGCUGGGCCCGCGCGCCAAGAAGGUGCUCGUCAUCGGUGGCGGCGACGGCGGCGUCGGCGGCGUGCUGCUCAAGUACCCAGGCGUGCUCGUGACGCAGGUGGAGAUAGACGCUGAGGUGAUCGAGGCAGCCAAGCGUUUUAUGCCCAGCCUGGCCCGGUCGUACGACGACCCCCGCCACACCCUCGUCGUGGGCGACGCCAUCAAGUGGGUCGCCGCUCAGGCCGAGGCUGGGGCGCACCUCGGGGAGUUCGACCUGUGCGUGAUCGACACCACGGACGAGCCGCUGGCCAGCCUGUGGACCAAGGAGUUCUUCCAGACGCUGCGCAGGCUGAUGGCGCCACACGGCGCCGUGGUGCAGAACGUGGGCUCGAUGGGGGACUGGCUGUGGCUGCAUCACCAGGAGCACACGGCGGCCUUCCGUCGCACUCACAUCCUCAGCUCGCUCUCGCCGGACUACCCGUCCCCGUACUUCCUCAGCCUCGCGACGGACGAGCUGGACCCCUUCGCCGUGGACUGGGACUGGUGGUCGGGCCUGGGCAUCGAGACCGUGUACUACCACCCCACCCUGCACGCAGGACUCUUCGCGAUCCCCCGCGAGACCUCCCGCUUCUACGCGGAGGGCGGCGAGUGGCGGCCCAUGGACGCCGCGCAGUGCGCCAAGCUGGACGCGGGAGCCCAGCGGGGAGAGGCCGGGCGCGGCGAGGAGCUCUGACUUCGCGCCGGGAGCAGACCGAUCGUGGCCUCUCGGCAGUCCGAGCGCGCGCAGAGCACGAGCCUGUGACGCAGGGCAUGCCCCGCAGCCAGGCCCGGACGCGGGGCGCCCUCUCGCGGCAUGCCUCCUGCUCCCUCGGCCCGAGCGGGGGGUGCCCCGGCGCGUCCUGGGCGGCCUGCAGCCUCUGGCUGCUCCAUCCUCUGCGGCCGAUGUUUGACAGUCUCGGUGUCUCCACCCCAGGCCCCAGCGGCAGUGCUCCCAUGCGUCCUCCGCACCAACUUCGACACCAUUCACACUGUCGUCGCUCCAACUGGAGGCGAGGGAGCUGCACAUGGUCGGGUCCUUCGGCAUGGCAAUUCUGAGGGUAUUGGGGUUCUCGUGGAGCUCGUUUGGGCAUCCUCGACAGCACCACCACGAGCGGUGCUUGCGCAGCCCCGGCUUCUGGCCCUCGCGCUGGCCGCUCUGCGCUCCGGAUCUCGUCGGAGGGCGCCCUCGUGAGCGCGGCGG